AGCUUGGAGGGAGGCAGAAAACCGGACUCUGCUGAUAUGGAGGCCUUGUCCGGAACGAAGAAGUUUAAAUCCCAGGAAGAUCCUCGAACCCAGAGCUUGGCCGAGACAGCGAAGGAAGCCCGCCUGAGCGCAGGGCUGUCCGUCGCAGAGUUCCCGUACAACAAGAAACGGGUCCGGUUGAUCUCUCCAGCUCCCGAGCUGAAGGAGGGGGCUCAGGGGAUCUUGUACUGGAUGUCUCGCGAGCAGAGGGUUCAAGAUAAUUGGGCCUUCCUUUACGCCCAGCGCCUGGCCUUAAAACAGCGUCUUCCGCUGCACGUCUGCUUCUGCCUGGUGCCCAAGUUCCUGGAUGCCACCAUCCGCCAUUUUGGAUUUUUGCUCAGAGGCCUGGAGGAAGUCGAUGAGGAGUGCCGGAUGCUCGACAUCCCUUUCCACUUGCUGAUCGGUUUCGCCAAAGACAGGGUGCCCCACUUUGUGACGCAGCACGGCAUCGGCGGGGUGGUGACGGAUUUCUCCCCGCUCCGCGUUCCCCUGCAGUGGGUUCAAGAUGUCCAAGAACAGCUUCCGAGCGAUGUGCCCCUUGCUCAGGUGGACGCCCACAAUAUUGUCCCGUGCUGGGUUGCCUCGGACAAGCAGGAAUACGGGGCGAGGACGAUUCGCCGGAAGAUCCAGGACCGACUGGCUGAGUUCCUGACCGAAUUUCCGCCUCUAGUCAAGCACCCUUUCCUUGCUGGGCUUCAAGCAGAGCCCAUCAACUGGGAGGCCUGCUACGCCAGCCUGCAGGUGGAUCGCUCCAUCAAGGAGGUGGAGUGGGCCACGCCGGGAUCCGCCUCCGGGUUGAAGGUCCUCGAAACAUUUGUAAAAGACAGGCUGAAGUUCUUCGGCUCUGACCGGAACAAUCCCAACCGGCCGGUCCUGAGCAACCUUUCGCCCUGGUUCCACUUUGGUCAAGUUGCUGUGCAACGAGCCAUUUUGGAGGUCCGCAAACAUCGCACCAAGUACAAAGAGUCGGUGGAAGGUUUCAUCGAAGAGGCUGUGGUGCGUCGGGAGCUGGCGGACAACUUCUGCUUUUACAACCCAAACUACGACAAGAUUGAAGGUGCCUAUGAUUGGGCCAAGACCACACUGAAGCUCCAUGCCAAGGACAAGAGGCCCUACUUGUACACCCUGGAGCAGCUAGAAGAGGGGAAGACCCAUGACCCCCUGUGGAACGCUGCUCAGCUCCAGAUGGUUCACGAGGGGAAGAUGCACGGCUUCCUGCGGAUGUACUGGGCCAAGAAGAUCUUGGAGUGGACCAGGUCACCAGAGGAGGCCCUGCAGUUCAGCAUCUACCUGAAUGACCGCUACGAAUUGGACGGCCGAGACCCCAACGGAUACGUAGGCUGCAUGUGGUCAAUCUGUGGGAUCCACGACCAAGGAUGGGCUGAACGGGCCGUCUUUGGCAAAAUCCGCUACAUGAAUUAUGCCGGUUGCAAGAGGAAGUUUGAUGUUGCCCAGUUUGAGCGCAAAUAUAGUCCUCAACGCUUCCCCCAGUAGCCUUGCUAGAAGGCCACCCUCCACGCUGGCGGACACCUGCUUCUCUCCU